UGCGUAUCUGGUACGCUCUUGUUUUCGCGCAAUUUUUAUUUACGAAAACAGCGGCAGCAAAAUGUCCCUCAAAAAGGCUUUGGAAGAUUGUCUUAUUGAUUUCGACCGCCGUAUCAUGGUGACCGACCUACUGGAGGAGUACAAACUGCCCUACAAGGAGGUCAACAAGACCCUGGAAGAGUACAUCAAGAAACAGGAACCGGCAACGAAAUUCGAAAAGAGGUUCUUGGUGCAUGGAAAGCGGAGUUCAGAAGGAUCUGAAGCCGGAUCAGACGACGAGGUGUAUACUGUGGUGCAGGAGAGCAAACUGCAGGACUGGCUAUCCAAGCUGAAGGAUGCGCAGUCCCAGCUGUACAGCGUGGAAAUAGCCGGGGGCUCCAAGUCGCCUGCCACCAUAUUCCAGCCCAUGCAGUAUCUGGAGGUCAAACUGGGGAAGGUGGAGCAGCGUGCUGGUGUAAACGGAGUCGACAAGCCUGCCCCAGCAACAAAUGGUGUUCACAAGACGUCCUCCCUAACCAAUGGUGUGAAAAAUGAGGACUCAAAGGCUUCGGUUAAGCAGGAGACAUCCAAGGUGUCAGUCAAAUCGGAGCCAUCCAAGUCGUCAGUCAAAUCGGAGCCAGUGAAAGUCUCACCAGAGUCCAAGAAGACCUCACCCAAAGAGCAGGCCUCGAGCUCCAAAGGAGGAGCAGCCAAAAAGGGCAGCAUCAGUAGUUUCUUCACAGCAGCCCCGGCGGGCAACAAGCAGAAGGAUGUUAAGGCUACCCCCAGCAAGGCAUCAAACACCAUGGACAACUUCUUCAAGAAGCAGCCAGCAGGAUCAAAGAAGUCUCCACCCGCGCAGAACGAAACUGCUGCUGCCAAGCAAAAAGAGCCGUCGCCCAAAAACAAAAAGAAAUCAGCAUCCCCCACCAAGAAGCAAACUCCAGCCAACACUUCCGUCCAACUGUUCGACGAGGAGAGCGCCGAGUCCUCCGACGAGGAGGAGAAACUGGAUAAAAUGCGGCGCAAGGUGAUUGGCUCAGAGGAUGAGUCCGAUAAGGAGAAGCCCAUGACAUCCAAGCGGAGACGCAUCAGCGAUUCGGAAGACGAGGAACAGCCUCCCAAAAAGGCAGCGGAGAAAGAGCCCAUCACUGUAGCCGACGAGUCCAUGGACACGGAGCCGGCUAACGAAACCUAUUUGGAUGAUGAGGGAUUCGUGAUUACCCAGCGCAAGCCCGCCAAAGGCCAGCCGGCUAAGAAGAAGCCCUCUCCCAAGGCAGCAGCCCCGGCGUCUAAGAAGAAGUCCCCGCCUUCAGCGGCCAAGGGUGGAAAAGAAGCAACCAAAACCAAGCAAGCUGGCAUCAUGAACUUCUUCCAGAAGAAGUAAUCCCAGGCAUGAAAAUAGAAUGUUAUAUAAGUUAAGGUUAAGCAUCCCAGUAAAAGGUCUGAACAGUUGUUGUUAAAAAGAAUUUUUAUUGCAUUUGUUUAUAGCUACUAGAAGUUGGUUUAAGUAUCUUGUUGUAAUUUGUAGUUGGUAUUUAUAUUCGUCGCGUGUGUGAUUCUGUGUGUCCACAUGUGGGUGUGUCGAUGUGAGAUCGGCCUGGUCUUUGCGUUAUCAGUGCAUUUUGUGGUCGAAUAUUUUCGUUAUCUUUUAUUCGUCGUAAUCCAAAACACUUUUAAAAAAUUAAG